UUUUAUUCUAUUCUUUUCUCGAGUCUUUACUUUUUUUUUACUUUUCUUUUUUUACGUCUUCAGUGUUUCAAAUUGGGUCAUCAUUACAUUUGUAGAUUCGCUUACUUUGUAAUUAUUUUAGCGAAACUUUAUUUCACAAAUGAAAAAGUGCCGUAAGUGGUUGGUAAUAAUUUCACAUAUCCAGCUUUCUUGAACUUUUCCAUUCUUCAAAAUACCUCAUUGAACAUGACUACCACGAACUCACCAACAGUGUCGAAGAAGACUGUGUAUUUAAUCCGACAUGGACAAGCGCUUCACAAUGUAGGCCCUAAUGAAGACCAUUCGAUCCGUGAUCCUGUUUUAACUGACUUGGGAAUUGAACAAUCCAAAGAAUUAUCAAAGCAACUGGCUGACAAAAAAAUAAAGUUUGAUGCCAUUGUUUGCUCUCCAAUGCGUCGUACAUUACAAACUAUGGAGCUUGGCUUGAAGGAUUAUCUGGCAAAAGAGGGUGUUGAGAAAAUUCCUGUUUAUGUCAACCCUUUGUUUCAAGAAGUAGGCAACUUGCCGUGUGAUGUUGGCUUGGAAGUCAAAGAACUCUCCUCCUUGUAUCCUCGUUAUGAUCUCAAGUACUGUGUAGACGGUAUUUAUCCAGAGAAAAAAGAUAUCUAUGAUGUCGACGUUGACAUUAGCGGUAUAAGAUCCAAGUAUGCUUUGGAAUACUUAUCUGCUCUUCCUCACGAGAAUAUUGCUGUGAUUAGUCAUAGCGCCUUUAUUCGCUUCUUGUUGAAGAAAAUCACUCGAGAUGUUGACAUCAACUUUUUACCUCCUGAAUUGACUUUUAACAAUUGCGAAAUUCGUGAAUACUUUUUGAAGCCUGAUGGAAAUGAAUUUAAACUUUGCGACGUUGAGUAAAUUACAGAAGCCCAGUAACUUAUCAUGUUUCGCCCGGUCGUUCUUUACAUCAUUUACAGAAGCGAUUAUGGACCAUAAGAGACAGAACAUUUAUGAAAUAUUCAUCUUACGAAUUUUGUAAAUAUGAAUUUUUUUCUCGAUUUCUCGAUAAUGAAUGUGGAAAUUGAUUUGAUACUAAUGAAUAUACUGGAUAAGUCUAGUUUGCGCUUUGUUUCUACUCACGCCUACCAAUCCGUGCAAAGAAUAUAGGAUACUCUAAUUUGAAUAUUUAUCAAAACUACUUGUGUGUUGUCUUUCAGAGGAAAAAGGCGUUUGGCUAAUCAGACGCUUGCAGAAACAGUCAAGAGUCAUCAAAGUAAAAUAAAAAAUGAAAGAAAAUUUGUUAAAUCCCAAAGUAUGCUCACGCGCCAGAAAUAACUUAUCCGCACAGAACUGUCAUGAAGUAUAUUCCUGCAUACUGAAUUUCAGCAAGUUUAAAAUAUAUCCUGCUUAUGAAAUAUGUUGAAAGUGACCGCAUUGAAGCCAAUCUUCAUUGCAUGUUUCAUUAUAUAACAUCUUUGUUGGUUUACUUUAGGGUAAGAUGCGAAUGACAAUGCAAUAACAGCGAAAGAAACCCUUCAUACAGACUUGCGGUCAGCAUUCGUACUAAAGCUAAAUAAUAAAGUAUGAGUAGGGGAUUGACAGAAAGGAUUCACACAAAAUGCCUUUCUUCUCUUUUUUCAUCGUUUAAAAAGCGAAGUGACAAAAUUAUAAUAUACGAACAAGGUAUUGGUAUGGUUUGUGUACAAAGAAUCAGGAAAAGAAUAUGUUAUGAGUUACUGAAGUAUUGUUCGCUGUUUAUACAUUUGGAUUAGGGUGACAACUAAAUUCCAAUAUUUUGAAUACUAAGUCAAUGAAUAGCAAAUCUGAGAGGUGAUGUACAAAAUCGAUAUUCAAGCCAAUUUAGAAAACGCUUCCUCUUUAAUGCUUUAGGCAUAUUUAUAAAAAAAGAAUGAAAGCAACGUUCUCAACCUGAAGGAAUUUUUUCAAUAGAGCACUGAAAAAAUAUAUCGAGAAAUGAAACUUAUAGCUUACCAAAAGGACUUAAGCAGAUGACUUCAAAUAGACAAUUAUGAAAUAUGAU